CAUAUCGUGGUAUUUACGUCUGCGCUGAUACCACUGAUUUUGAGAUCAUUGAACUUUGAUUGCCGAUGUCUAGUAUGCUGACUGAAGUUGUCACAGGUAGUUUUUGUCGGUAGAUUUGCCGCUAAAACUUUGAACUAGUCAAUUAGAACAAAGUGACCCCACGUGUCUACCGAAAUUUACUUAAUUGACAAAAUUCGCACUCACACGUUCAAAUCUGCUAAACAAUAAUCGCUGUGAAAUCGAAUACACGCGAAGCGUCGGGAAUUUGGUGAUUCAUCGGAAUGCGUGGAGCGCGCCGUGAUUGGCCCGGGGCCCGAGGGGGCGGGGGUAGGGGUUAAAUCCCGGUACGUGAUUGGCUAAUUCCCGUGUACUUCCUUAACGCAACAAGCCAGCCGCGCAUACAUGUCAGAUUUGAAGGGGAGUGGUUUGGCGAAAGUUUUUAUUCUAUUUCACUAUCCGGUUGUACAGCAAGCAAGCCACACACUAGUUCGUGGCUCAUCGCAGUCUUGUGGUUUCACGUUAUAGAGAGAUGACCACGACAGAAAACCAAGGAACCCGUAAAAUUAAGGGGGAGCGUUCGCUCGUCGAAGCGCUUGCAGAAUACCCCGGCGAACUCGUAAAGACGGAUUCUCCGAAUUUUGUGUGCAGUGUCUUACCAUCACAUUGGAGAUGCAACAAAACAUUACCGGUGGCGUUCAAAGUUGUAUCACUCGGGGAUAUACCAGACGGGGUUAUAGUAUCUAUUGCUGCCGGGAAUGACGAGAAUUUUGCAGCGGAGCUGCGUAAUGCCACUGCAGUUAUGAAGAAUCAAGUCGCGCGGUUUAACGACCUCCGAUUUGUUGGACGGAGCGGACGAGGAAAAACUUUUUCGCUGACGAUAACGGUAAAAACCGAGCCACCACAAGUCGCUACAUACUGCCGAGCGAUAAAAGUUACCGUCGAUGGACCUCGAGAACCGAGAAGGCACAGAACACGAUCAGACGAGAGAGAUCCGAACCACCCCUUUGAUCAGUUCUUCCCAGAUCGUAUCUCAGACAUAGGGCUGGAUGGAUUCCGCAGUAGAAUGCGAGACCCUACGUUCCCGCCAUUUGCAGAAUUACACCCGAACCCCCUACAGCCAAACAAACUAACGCCCGAUGGAACUUCAGCUUUCAGUCCGUUAGCAGAAUUUUUUACAGAUCCCAACCAAAUGCGCCCACCAUCGUCCUGGGGGUUCCAUGGCUUCCCAGGAUUCAUUGGGUCAAGUCUCUCACCUCACCCCCAACCUGACGUAUCCGUCAGCUUCGCCGCGCUGCCUCUCCAGCCAACCGCCCUUCAACCCCCAAAGCCCCAAACCGUCAACCUACAAAACACAACGUCGAACAUGCCGGUUCUACCGCACGUUUACCCCGACGCGAGAUUCCAAAGCAUGCCGGGACAGUUCCAGUUCCGCUCCACUACGGGCGCCUCGACCACAGGAACCCCAGCUCUCUCGACCUCGUCUAAUUACAACUCCAUGUCACUAGGUCCAAUGGACCCCUCCCACGGUAUGAUGUCAAACGCGUGCCAACAAAUCGGUGCUAACCCCAUGAAUAAUGGAAUGAUGAAUGGGCAAUUUAUGAACGGCAUUAAUACGACGGUACAGAACGGCGUUAAUAAUAACCUGACGUACAGAUCGCAGCCUUAUAUGCCGCAGGGAAAUAAGGGUAAUAUGCCGCAGACCACGUAUCAAGGGUCCGGGGUGGGACCGGUUAACGGACUAACCGCCAUGUCAUUCCCGAUGACCCGUUCCCCGGUAUUACCGAUGAUGUCACAGAGUCCUAUGUGCGCGCCUCAGAUGGCGCAAGGAUUAAACUCCUUCACUGGAUUUCCAACUCCUCCUCGAUCCGACGACCAGGGAAUGGUUGGAAUGAAACAGGAACCACCGGAGGGGGUUAACCACCAAGGAUUGGAACUGGACCAUAACCACAACGGUGGCACUGACGUUCUAAGUGAAAGGAACGGUAGAACGACCCCCAAGGGUGUGUGGAGACCGUAUUAGAUCUAUUAGCUCAAGUAACGAUAUACAUUUAUAUAUAUAUAAAAAGAAAUUCGCGUCAUAGCUUUACAAGAUCAAAUACCAACUAGCCAUUAAUCUACACUUUUGUCACAUGAUACCACGUGGUUAAAUGGUAGUCACGUGAUGCAAUGUACUAAAAAGGUAUUAUUGUAUCACGUGCUACCUCGUUCCAUGUCUGAGACGGAUACGGAUGUACAUUUCCACAACUCCGCCGAUUGUAAACGUGGACGUUUUUUUGCUGUCUUUAUUACAACGAUAUAUAUACAUUGUGCGAAAGAAAAGACGUGGCAAAAAUUCAAUGCUAUGAUUUACAAAAUAAUAGUACACAAAAUCUGUUUUCAAAAAAAGUGAGGGCAGGUAACAUGACAGCGCGCAAAAAACUUUAAUGGCUGGCUGGUAUUUCUAUACACAACUUCUAUAAAACUUCAAGUAGCUUUCAAAACCUCAAUUUUCUAUCGAAACUACAUAACCAUACAUUAAAUUCUAGGCAUGGGUAAAUUGCCCAAUGUUGCCGGUUGAUGUUUUAGCAACUGAUAACACUUCCUUAUAUGGUAACUGAGACUUCCUUAUGUGGUAAUCAAGUCUUCCUUUUAUGGUAACUAGUACUUCCAUAUAUGGUCAACGAGACGCAGGAAUUACUUAAAGACCGCGGAAAUAGCGCAAAGUAAAGUUUAUGUAAAAAGUUUAUUUAUUGCUCACCCCACGCCUUCCUUGUCGAGGUAUUCAAGGUGACAUUAAAACAGUUAUAUGCUAGCUUAGUUACUCAGAUAUACGUUAUUUAAAGUUUGGAGAUUAUUUUAUUGGAGCUGGACAUGGUUCGGCUUACAUGCAUGCACGGUAUGUAAAAAAGAACACAUUUUUUUGCAAUCUUUUUCUGUUUGUUGUGUUUAUUUUGCGGGAGCAGAAUUGGUCGAUUUCACGACUUAGCUCACACAUGCUUAAAUGGCUAAAUUUCCACGAAAUGUAACAGUAUAAACUUCAUAAAUAUUUAUUUAUCCAAAUUUUCUGUGCAAAAAAGGCAUUUUAUGCGCAGUUUAUUUUUUCGUGUAUAUAGGUAGUGAUAUAUAUUACAAACUUAUUUUGAUUUAUUUUUUCGGUUUCUUUAUUUUGCAAGACUAGCUAUAAUUAAACUUCUGUAAUGUAGAUCUUGCAGACUUAAAAGACAAACAUUGUCACUAUUUUGUAUAGAGUAUAAUCAUAAUAUAAACAGACUCUGGUAAAGCUACUAACUCAGACUUGUCUACAUCAUUGACAUCUGAAAAAAAAUCCAUAAAAUAGACGACACCCAACUAUUUGUCACACAUUAGCAACGUAUAACACACUUAGUAUUGCUUUUAAAUGGCUCCCUAAACAAUGUGCGUCAUUAUACUAAGGUGUAAACCGAGAUUUAAGAUCUUGUUGUCAUCUAAACUGCUGGACAGUUAAAAGGAGUUAAAAAUAUGUUGAUUAAAAAUGUAGCAAACAGUUACGAAAUUGAGUUAUCGUGAGAGAAAAUCCUGUUAAAUUAGAGGAUAAAAUAGUGAUAAGUUAACUUCCUAUAAAUCAGCAUAAAAUGUAUAAAUCUAAAAGUUUUAAUAAAGUUUAUGAUUCCCUGUUG